AAGAGGUGCUGGGGUUGUUGACCUUUGGGUCUAUUGAUGCUGUAACCCCUCUUCCAUCCACAGCAUAGGACGUCCUGGGGUUGAACUCAUGGGACGUCCUGAGGCAGAUCAUGAUCAUCAAGCAUCAAGUUCGAACCAGGCAUUUCAUCAAACAGAUUGCGAACAACAUUCCGAGAAGCCUGAACACCAAGUUUUGCCUCCAAACCCCACUCAUUGCCAGACCUAUGUUUUAGGGCGUCCGUCUGGGGCAGAGAAUGAAGAUCAUCAUCAACAACAAGAACAAGUCCAGCCUACAGAGCACAUUGCACCUCGAAACUCGCCCGCUGAUUCCCAAGAAACUCAAGCAAAUCAAACGCAUCAACAAGAGCCGCAGUCGCCUUAUCACCACAAUGUGCACUACUAUUUCCCAACGCCCAACCCCCAUCAUGGUACUAAUUUGACAUUGCAUAAUUUUCCUAACCAAUAUGCACCACGGGGCCAAGUACCCCAAUUCCAAGCAAUGCCUCCAGGUUUACGGCCAUAUCCGACCUUAUAUCCUUCUCCUCCUCCUCCUCCUCCUCUUUAUCAUUCUCAACCUUUAAACAAUUAUAGUGGAUCACAGCAUGUACAACAAGUAGUACUGCACCCUCCUCCGGCUGCCUACAAUUAUCCUUCUAGUUCUAGGAACCCCCAGCCCUGUGUAAAUUACAACAAUUUUGCAGCAACUGGUAUACCCAUGAUGCAAAAUGUACAAUACCUACCGCUGCUGAUGCCUCAGUCCGCUACCGGCGAGGGUACUACUUGGAAAACAGGGCUCUUUGAUUGCUUACUUGACCCCCCAAAUGCUAUAAUGACAACGUUAUGCCCAUGUUGGACGUUCGGUCAGAUUGCAGAGAUUGUUGAUAACGGUCAAACCUCCUGUAGUUGCAAUGCUCUGAUAUACAUGGUGAUCUGGUGUUUCAUCAUGGUGCCAUGCUUGUUGUCAUGUACAUACCGAAGAAAACUAAGGAACAAACUUGACCUGCCCGAGAGCCCCGGUCCCGACUGCAUCAUCCACUGCUUAUGCGAGCUGUGUGCUCUCUGCCAAGAACAUAGGGAGCUUGAGCUCAGAGGCCUCGACCCUUCAUUAGGAUGGGUAGGAAACAUGGAGCAACUUCAGAGGAUGCAACAAAAGAGACAAGGUACAGUGGUUGUUCCACCAAUGACUCAAAGAAUGACGGGCUAUUGAGAAAGGCAAAUUUUGUGAUAGGUUUCUGCUCAUAUCAGCAUUAUCAACAUUAUACAUGGUCUUUUUGGUAUAUUAUUUGCAUGCUUUACGUUA